AUGGGUGUUCCCGAUACAUUUAAGGCAGCUGUGGUGCCCAGUCCACGUAAACAGCAUGUCAUCGUCGAUAGAUCACUGCCGCCUCUCCAGUCCGGUGAAGUGGCUAUCAAGAUCACUGCUACAUCUAUCAACCCCAUAGACUGGAAGAUGCGUGAUCACGAGGUUUUCAUUACAAACUACCCCGCGGUCCUGGGAUCUGAUGCCGCGGGCGAGAUCGCGGCCAUUGGGCCAGGCGUCUCAAACUUCAGCAUUGGAGAAAGGGUUUUUUUUCAAGGAAUAAUUGGAAAUUACGAUGCAUCUACAUUCCAACAGUAUGCGAAGAUCGAUGCAGCACUGGUGGCCAAGACCCCUAGCAACAUUAGCGAUGACCAGGCCAGCGGAAUUAUGCUUGCGAGUCUAGCAGUACUCACGGCGUACUACGACAAGACGGGCCACGGAUUGCCUGCACCGUGGGACAACGGCGGGGACAAAAUCGGUGAUGGUGCCGCAAUUGUCAUCAUUGGCGGGAGCUCUUCCAUGGGCCAGUAUGCGAUCCAAAUGGCACGACUGUCUGGUUUCUCCCAGAUCAUUACCAACUCGAGUCCUGCGCACCAAGACUAUCUUCAGAAGCUAGGUGCAACAGUCGUGCUCGGUCGUGAGGCCACGGUGGAUGAUUUCGCUGCCACCAUUGGCGAUAAUGUACCGCUUGACUUCAUCCUUGAUACCAUCUCCGCCAAGUCCACCAGGGAGCUAUCUGUUGGCAUUGUGAAGGCAGUCAAGUCGACGAAAGAGGCAAUAACCAAGAUUAUUGUAGUUCUACCGGAAAUCUUGGAUUUCGAGAACUUCGACGCCCAAGGCGAGUCAAAAGUAACUCUCCCUAGGAUCAUCGGCCUUGGAAGUGUCCCUUCGCUUCGAUACUUGAGUGAGCCGUUCGCAAAGCAUCUUGGCGGCGAUAACGGCUACAUUGCCCGAGGCCUGUUUGUACCAAACCGACCAGUAAUUGUGCCAGGUGGUCUAGCCGGUGUAGAGGCUGCUUUGGCAAAGAACAAAAAGGGCGUAUCUGGAAAGAAGGUUGUUAUUAGACCAUUUGAAUAA